CGGGGCCAACCGCCGCGAGAGUCCAAAGAGAGAAUAGAAAAAGGAAAAAAAAAACUCGUCGAUUUUCUCCGCAGCCAAAUCGAGAUCUGUUCCCCUCCCCCGCCUCGGCGACUCGGCCGGCCCGCGGCGGCGAAGAGCUCGAGAUCGAUGGCGUCGGCGUUGUCGUCCCUGCGCUACGGCGACAGCCUCUCGGUGGUGGCCAUCUCGGGCGCCACGGCCGUGCUCUGCGAGGCUAUCUCCUGGCUCCUCAUCUACCGCACCGCCACCUACAACUCCCUCCGGGCCACCAUCGAGCGCCACUCCCGCAAGCUCGACGCGAUGAAGGCCGGCUCCUCCUCCUCCUCCUCCUCCGGCGGCGCCGCCUCCGGAUCCUCCCAGCCCGCGGGCUCCUCCUCCUCGUCGUCGCGGGCCAAGAAGAUGGACCGCGUCGAGACCAGCCUCAAGGACGCCGCGCGGGAGCUGUCGCUCGCGAAGCUCAAGUCCGGCGCCGUCGUGGCCGCCGUGCUCUUCGUCGUCUUCGGCCUGCUCAACUCGCUCUUCGAGGGCCGCACCGUCGCCAAGCUGCCCUUCGCGCCGGUGCCGCUCGUCCAGCGCAUGAGCCACCGCGGCAUCCCCGGGAACGACCCCACCGACUGCUCCAUGGUCUUCCUCUACUUCCUCUGCUCCAUCAGCAUCCGCACCAACCUGCAGAAGCUGCUCGGCUUCGCGCCGCCCCGCGCCGCGGCUGCGGCCGGCGGAGGCCUCUUCCCCAUGCCCGAUCCGAAAGUAAAUUGAGAGUGGUUCUUUUCUGCAGCUUUCAUACACACCUGUGGUGGGGUUGAUUUGAGCAUGGACUUUCGUCUACGAGAGAUGAGAAGAGUGUGCCUCCGAUGGAAAUGCCUUAGAUUCCGUACUUAUACGCCUUUACAAUUACCGUUCAUUUGCCAUAACUUGCUAGCCAUCGCACCCAUGACCUGCACGAAGCUGGACUUCUUGUUUAUUCCAUAGAUAGCUUCAUCUUGUUUGUUCCAUAGAUCAAGCAGUGAACUUGACCACAGACCACGUGAAGUUGUCCUGCUGCGUGUCAAUAACACCGUGCAGCCAGGUACCGCUAGUAUCUGUACUCUUCUGAUGAGUAGCCUUGUUUUCCCUUUCUCUGUCAAAGAUGCCAAUG